AUGGAGGGCACACAUUUGGUCCCUUUAGUGGGUGAGAACUACGUCCUCAAGCUAAAACACUCAAUGCAAGACCUCUUGGCUGAGAUUCCCAAAGAAUACCCAAAUUUUUCUCUUUUCGUCAAUGCGUUUUACGAAUUGAUGCAAGCGAAGGUUGAUCCACCCUUCGAGGUGAUAUGGGCGUAUGCAGUAAUAAACUUUCGUGGCCGUAACUCAGAGAAAGGCGAUGCCUUGGAUAGAAUAUUGGCCACGAAAGACUUGUUUCAGUUGCUAUCUGCGUGUUCAGCUUCUGUUUGUGCUUCAAAGAGUAUCGUUUUGCUGGCUCCUGUUGUUUUUGUGCUUCACGGAGUGAUAGUAGAGCUGUUUGGGAGGGAAUUGAAAUUAAAGAGAGAGAAGAAAGCAAUGAGGGAGGUGAAGUCUUUGGUCGAUGUAGUUCUUGGGUAUAUAAAUCUUUCUUGUGACAAUAAGGUUUAUGAGGAAGAAUCUGAUUCCGUGAGAAUGAUUUUUCCUUUCACUGAUUUGGCUCGUAUUUGGGUGGGCAUGAACGAUGAAGGGUUUGAGUCUUUGCUACCUAUUGUGAGCCGUGAUGUUUGUGGCUGGAUUUGUUCUAGAGGGUUUCAUGUUGGUUACUUGAGUGGUGCUGUCAUCAUGGAAGCGUUGUUGUUGAAACUUUGCCUUUCUUUUCAUCUGGCAACGUCAAGAGAUGGAUUGGAAAUGCAGUUGAAGAGUUGGGCUGUUGGCUCAAUAUCUAGCUUUCAAAACAUAUACUUUUUGGAGAUCCUUAUGCGGACGGCAUUGGAGACACAUUUGCCUCUGAUCUCAAUACUGAAACCUGAAGAAGAAAUUCUAUCGAGGAAAGUUUUGUUUGAUGCUGUUCUAUUGGUGGACUACCCUUUCCUCUAUGGAAAUGCCAAGUACAUAAAAAACCUCACCUUGACCAGAUUGAUUGUUACUCACGGGGCUGUGGAGUAUUUUAGGGGUCUUGGUGAUCAGAAUAGAACUGUCUCUUAUAUUAAGGCAUUUUCUGCUUCUCGCUUGCCAUUGCAAAUAAUUAAAUGGAUUACAAGCCAGAAUGGUUUGGAGGAAGAAGCAGGUAGAACUAAUGGAACCUCACCCAGAGCUCUUAUACAUUGGCUGCUGAGCCUUGAGAAUCGAGGGAUCAGAGUUUUUGAAGAUGAUAUUUUGAAAAAUCAUGCUACAUUAAGUCUUGAUAUUUCGAAACUCGAGCACCCUGCAAGUAACUUGGAGAACAAGAUUGCAGAUGAUGACCUUUUUUAUGUUGAUAAUACUGGGGAAGAGGGAAAUACAGGUGACGAUGAUAAGCAAAACAAAUUGAUUAAUGAUGCGUUUGUAGCUGCUGCCCAAAUUAUGAAGUUACCCAACGGUGAAGUUCGAAAACGAAAAGGUAAACACAGUGAAAAGAAAGUUAAAUUUGUCAAAUAUGAUCUCCAUCAAAACUCUGUGGCAGCCAAAGCCAGGACUUCAACCGCAGAUGAUAGUUCAAGCGGUGAGAGUGGAGUUGAGGAUCCGAUUUCGGAUACAGAUGCAUAA